CUGGCUCCGUUUCUGUCUAGGCUGUCGGCUUCUUUCCCUCCCUCGCCUUGUCCUGUCUCUGCCAGAUCAGUGACCUCACUGUCACUGGGAGGAGUUGUCACUCUCUGUGGCCUCACACACCUGCAACCUGAAAGAUAAACCAAGGCGGCGAAGGCAGACAGGGAACAGCCUGGCUGGCGUCAGACGGUCCGGCACACGCUUCCCCUCAGACAGCACAGCGGGGGCCAUGGCUAAAGCAGUGGGUCGGUAUUUUCACCUGACUCCUUCCUCUUCGUCUCCAAAGUUUAAAUGAAACUGGGGCCUGGCGCAUAGGCCUGGCCCUCAUCACCGAACCACCAGGCCUGACUUCUGCCUGCCCCCAGCCCCUACGGACUCCAACCAUCCUCUGUGACCUCAUUCCCCGCUCAGGGUUCCACGUGCCACUCUGUGAGGUCAUCAAGAGAAGAUCCCUUUCAGCUUCCCACCCUCAGAGGCCCCAAGAGCCGGUUCCCUGACAGAUCCGUUUGGGGUGGUUUCAGGCUGGCGCUCUCAGCAGGUCACCCGGCCCUGCGCCUGGAGGGCUGAUGUCUCCAGAUAGCAGGUGAUGCGCCCUUUCGUCCACUGAUUCCUUGAGGAGCUUCAGAGGUCGGCGUUUCCACCCGGCUGCUGGGCCCCUCUCCGCAGGCCAUGGACGGCGGAGCCCCCUCGGUGCGGGAGCUGCCCCAGCGGCUGUGGCCGGGCCCGGGCGGCGAAGAGCAGCACCUCCUGCGGAGCCUGGCGGCGGCGCACGCCUUGGGCGGGAUCAUCCGGCCGUGCUACGGCCCCCUCGGCCUCCAGAAGCUCCUGGUGACCGCCAAGGGCGAGACGGUGAUCACGGGGUACGCCACGGCCAUCCUGGGGGCCCUGGAGCUGGAGCACCCCGCCGCCCGGCUCCUGCGGGACGCGGCGCUCAGCCACGCCGAGCACAGCGGCGACGGCGCGGCCUUCGUGGUGCUGCUGGCCGAGGCCCUGCUGGCCGAGGCCGAGCUCCUGCUGCGGGCCGGCCUGCCCCGCGCCCAGCUCCGCGAGGCCUACGCCGCGGCCACCGCCGAGACGCUGGAGCUGCUGCCCUCGCUGGCCGUGCGCUCGCUGGGGCCCCUGGAGGACCCGUUCUGGGCCCUGCACACGGCGAUGAACACGCACACGCUGUCCCACGCGGAGUUCCUGACCAGGCUGGUGGUGCAGGCGUGCUGGGAGGCCCAGGAGCUGGACGGCACCUUCCGCCCCGAGCGCCUGGGCGUGUGCGCGCUGCGGGGCGGGCAGCUGGACCGCUCGUGCCUGCUGCCCGGGCUGGCCGUGCCCGGCAAGCCCUGCGGGAAGGUGACCGCCGUGGUGGGCGGCGCCCGGGUGGCGCUCUUCGCCUGCUCCUUCGGCCUCGCGCAUCCCAAUGCGCCCGCCACUGCCACCAUCUCCAGCCCCGCCGAGCUCGCCCGCUUUCGGAUAGGGAACGAGCAGAUGACGGAGAAGCAGGUGCUGCAGCUGGCCACGGGGAACGUGAACGUGGCGGUGGUGUGGGGGGACGUCGAGGAGCGGGCGCUGGCGCAGGCGGACCGGAGCGGCAUCAUGGUGAUCCAGGUGAUGGCCCUGCGCGGGCUGGCGUGCCUGAGCGAGGUGCUGGGCACGCCCAUGAUGCCCUAUCUGCUCCCCCCGCUGCAGCUGGGGAAGUGCCAGCGCGUGUACCCGCAGGAGCUGGGGCAGGGCUCGGCCGUGGUGUUUGAGUGGGAGGGCUCCGACACCCCCGCCCUCACCCUGGUGCUCAGGGCGGCCACCAAGGAGGGGCUGCGCGGGGCGGAGCAGGCCGUCUACCACGGCAUCGACGCCUUCGCGCAGCUGUGCCAGGACCCCCGGCUGCUCCCGGGCGCCGGGGCCACCGAGAUGGCUCUGGCGAAAAUCCUCGCGGAUAAAGGCGCCGCGUUGGAAGGGCCCAGCGGGCCCGCGCUCCUGGCGUUUGCCCAGGCCCUGCGGUCUCUCCCCGCCACCCUGGCGGAGAACGCGGGCCUCGCCGUCUCCCAGGUGAUGGCAGACCUGACGGCCGCGCACCAGCAAGGGCACUUCCUGAUAGGAGUGGGGGUCGAGGGGAUCAUCAACGUGGCCCAGGAAGAGGUGUGGGACACCCUGGCGGCCAAGGCCCAAGCGCUGCGGGCCGUGGUGGACAUCGUGCUGCAGCUGGCCACUGUGGACGAAAUCGUGGUGGCCAAGACGAGUCCCCCGCUCCAGCAGGACCCAGGUCCCUGCCCCACGAAGGCCCGGGGGCACCCGUCUUCUCCCAAGACACCCGCACCCAUCACACGCUAAGAUCCCCCUUCCUCACGCGGGAGGAGAGGAAGGCCACAGUGGAGACUGGAAAUGAGAGAUGCGGACGGAUUUCUGAGAGGCUCUGCUCACCGUCCACUGGUUUCUUGUGAUGAGAACUUUUAAGAUCUACUUUCUUAGCAAACUCCAAAUCUACAAUACAGUAUUGUAGACUACCAUCCCCAUUGUCUCAGGACUAUUUUUUCUUAUAACUGGAAGUUUGGCCAUUUGUACUUUUUGACUACCUUUCACCCAUUUCACCCACUAUCUCCACCCUGCCCACCCCCAUCUCCACCUCUAGUACCACUAAUCUGUUGUCUGUAUCUAUACGUUUGUGUUUCUUCAUUUUUCUAGAUUCCACAUAUAAGCAGAUCAUAUAGUAUUUGUCUUUCUCUGACUUAUUUCACUUAGCAUAAUGCUCUCAAGAUUAAUUGAUGUUGUUGCUAAUGACAGAAUUCCCUUCUUUUUAUAGCUGAAUAAUAUUCCAUUGUAUACAUGUACCACAUCUUUUUUCAAAAAUAAGUUUAUUGAUUUUAGAGAGGAAUGGAGAGCAAGAGAGAGAGAGAGAAACAUCAAUGAUGAGAGAGAAUCAUUGAUUGGCUGCUUCCUGCACACCCCCUACUGGGGAUGGAGCUCGAAACUUGGUCAUGUGCCCUGAGAAUUGAACCUUAACCUCCUGGUUUGUGGGUCAACACCCAACCACUGAGCAACACCAGCCUGGUUUUUUUU